CUUCGCUGUCGGAUCAGUUGGUUCGCCACUUCCUGAUUGAGCGCAGCUCCCGAGGCCUCCAGAUACGUGGUUAUCACCAGGAGCCUAUAUUUCCUGGAAUCGUUGAAUUGGUCGCCUACCACUGCCGCUAUCCUGUUGCUCUGCCAACAGUGCUCCGAUUGCCAGGCUAUGCACCGGCCCCAUUACCCGCUGGAUAUGGGGAAGGAGUCGGGGAUUACCCAUGCGGAUCAGAUGCUGUCUUGCCAGUGCGAAGUCUAGGUGGGCAAAAUGGCAGGCCCGGUUUCAGUACUGCUCCUGGCGAGCAGGCUGGAAAGCGUCUACAUAAGAGCAAGACUCAGUUGGCUCCAGCUGGAGUAGGUCCUUCCAACGGUCCUCUAACCAGUCAAGUCACUAUGCGACAGUCGGCAGCACACAGUGCCUUGCAGGCAGUACUUCCCCAGGGAGCAGGUGAGUAA